AUGAAGGCCUACCGGCUCGUUGCCUUGUUCGCAUGGGAACAAGUUGUUGCAGCUUCACGGGCGCCCGAUCUCUUGUCUUCUUUGCCCAAGUCCAAUGCCGCUAUUGCCGGCCCUGCUACUAGUCUAGCCGUUGUCGGAAAUACUGCUUUUCACCACAUUAUUCCAAAUCAUAGUAAUCUGGCGACUAAACACGGUGCAGCCUCAUCCCGAGAUAUGAUUAAGCGUCAGCCAACAAACCCACCCAAGAUUUCUGCCGAAGAAGCUUCCACAAAAAGUGUCCCUGGAGGUGGCAAAUCAGGCGUUUUCUAUCGGGGAGAUUCACGAUCCCCCGCUGAAAUCUUCAAGACGGGUUUCGCGCCACAAGGCGCAGACAAGAGCCUACAGAAUCAUCUCAGCUUUGUUGGCGGCUCGGGGCUUGUGUCACUUUCUCGGUCUCGCAAGUCUGCUGAGAGCUAUGCCUUUGGGCGGUCGGCGGAAAACAACCAAAAGGGCUAUAUUUAUGUCAUGGCGCCCAAGGAUAUUCCCAACGGAUAUUGGGUUCCUGAAAUCUACCCGCCUAAUAAAAAUCCCGCAGUCGGUGCGAAUCAGGAAUUCGCCGUGGAUGGCUCCGUUCCACCCUCGAGCAUCUCCUACGCAUAUGAAGUAACGCGGGAAAAGCCAUCGAGCAAGUCUAACAAGAUCAGGAAUAACGACUACUCCUUAAAGUCAUCCCUUCCAUGCUCCACCAAGAAACGAGCCAUCUGCGAUGCCACACGUUAUUCGGCGAAGCCUUACAAGUCGAGCAAAAUUCGGAUAACCAAGGCAGUAGGCAAGGCAGCUGCUAUUACUCUGCUGGCACCGCAUGCGAGAAGGUUGCUUGAAGCCAUCAAGCAGUGGGAUAACCCUAUUGGGGCGGCAGUGAACUGGCUUGAUAAUAAAAUAGCCGACCUCCAGGAGCUAAUAGGAGGUCCCCAACGAGAUGAUAUUGACGGCAAUGACCUAAAAGCAAAGUUGAUAUGCGCAUUAAAGGGGGGGCAAGCGAAAGAAAUCAUUGCUGGACGGCCGAAUAAUAUAUGCAAACCUUCAAGCGAGAAGUAUGCAGACAAUCUACGGAGAGAUUUUGAAUCGGGAAAGCUGGAUAGAGUGAUUGAGAUGUGUAAAGGUAUCAGCGUAUAUCCCGGUGGUCAUCCAGCGGUCUGGGAGUGGACGAAGGGAUAUUGUGCGGCGCUUCAUCGGACGUCCGAAUAUGCAGCCCGAAUGUGGGAAUUAGCCGUCAGCGGCCUCUUGAAUUCUUGUUCCGAGCUUGAAGACAAUCCUCCGGAGAAUGAGGAUCUUUAUGACAGGUUGGAAGAGCAUUGUUCGAAAUUCCAAGCCGAGGUGGACAGGGCGGAAAACCCGGUAGCAAAACCAGUCGCGUCAUCUGUAACAGUAAUGAAGUGCAAGUGUGGUACGAAAUUGCCUGCAUUCUUCUUCCUUUGCGGCAGGAUAUGUCGGGCUACGUUGUUCCAACAACGAGCAAAAUCUAGUCCAGCUGUUAAGCCGGCGGCAAAACCUGCUGCAAAACCUGCUGCAAAACCUGCUGCAAAGCCACAGGCAAAACCACCGGCGAAGCCAGCUAAACCGCUCCCAGAACUAACGGUAGGGAACUGCAAGUGCGAUGCUCUGAAGUUGCCACAAAUUUUCCUUCCCUGCGGCAGACUAUGCCGAGCUUCCAUUAUUCAACAGCGAAAACCUAGUUCAACAGCCAAGCCUGCAAAACCGGCCACAAAACCAGCACCAAAGCCGGCAUCAAAGCCGGCAUCAAAACCAGUGGCAAAGCCAGCUGUACAAUUCACAGCAGAAAGAUGCCAGGACGGCAACCAAAGGGACAACAAAAGACAGCUUCAUAAUUGGAACCCACUAUUGAGCAAGCGUCUGUGUCGAAACAAGCAUCUCGCUAAAGCUACAACAGCCUCCAACGACGAGAAUUAUGGUUGGGGCUCCGGGCCGGUCCAACGGCUGCAAUACAUGUCGACGGCGGAAGAAGGGGUGCGACAUGGCCAAGCCGGAAUGCACACGAUGCAGAGCAUCAGGUCUGGUUUCUACUUGAUCGGAAACGACCUCGUGUGUGGAAACGCAAAAUCUACGACAUGGCGAGAGCAGACACGGCCCGGACACUUGAGAACACAGGCUGCGACUCCUAAAAACAGCCAAGCUAACAUCGCACUCUCUGAUUCCCUUGUCAGGACAGCCCGACAGCAGCUGUACCUUGAGCAUCUCUGGGCGGUAAUGCUCCCAAAAGACCAUCAUUUGUUGACAGAAUCACGAUUAUCUGCUCACACGGAGCCGAGUCUCAGAUGUGUAACGCUUGCCAUGGCAAUGGCAUGCUUAGCCACAGAGAACAAUGAUGAGCAGCUGCGACUCAAAAGCCUCCAGACGUAUAACUCUGCAGUGCAAGAGCUCGGCUCGGCUCUGAAACAACGACAGGCAUACCAACGCAAUGGCCUGAUAGUAGCCUCUGGGUUAAUGGCGUCUUUUGAACUCGUCUUUGUCCCGAUGGACGAACCAAGAGUCGUGACUUGGAAACACCAUACCGGUGGUCAACUCGCGUUUUUUCUCACCAGAGGGCCCGAGUCAUUUCUUUCAGGAGCGGCUCAUCAACUAUUUGUCGAUAGUCGUAUCAACAUGGCAAUGCUAGCCAUUGGCACACGAGCCAGAUCGCCGUUUAGCAGCCAUGAGUGGAAGACCAUUCCCUGGGGUAUUAAUCCAAAGUCGGCAAAGGACAGGCUUGUGGAUAUAAUGCUCGAGAUUCCAACACUCUUGGAACAAAUCGCCCAGCUCCAGUCCCGCUCUUGUCCCACCGCAGCAGGAAUUGUUCAGGAAAAGGUCCUCAGUCGCUGCGUACAACUUGAAGGGGCGAUGAGGGUUUGGGCUGCCAAGAUGGGCACCGACAUUCUAAGGUUUGACUAUACAUUUAUGGGAGACUGCGUGCCGGUACCGCAGAAAGAGGCCGAGUUUGGUCUCCUGCAUCUCUCCAUCGUAUAUUGGUUUAUCGAGAUGAUGCUCGUAUCCGUUAAGAUGUUUGUAUCCGAGUUGUGUGCUAUGGAGACAGCCGAGGCUAUGAGACAAUUACAGAUGGCAGCCAGAAAGAGUGCGCGCGCCUUGUCACUUCUUUUUGCAUCGUCAGGUGGUCUUGCACGGCGCAUUUCCGGCUUGCUUGCACUCAGUAUUGCUCUGCGAUAUUUUUUAAUUGUAGAAGCACCGGGAGGGAUAAGCGACGAGUCUUGCAUGCUUCAGAGCUUGCUGGACCGGGACCUCAACGGCUCAACGAUUAGAACCCUCUUGACGCGCAUGCGCGGGGGCCAAGAUCCCCUGUUGGUAGGAACCGAUUAUGCAGGGUCGCAUUGGCCCGAAAAUGUAUUGCACUGGUUUUAA